CGUUUUAAGUUUCUUCUUCUCACUCCCAAUUUCCUCAUCCCCUUUCAAGAGGAGAUUCAGAACUCAGAAAAUCCUCAUAAAGGAAGAAUCUUUCAUCAAGAUUCUCUCUCCAAUUCCAACACCCAGAUAUUAACAUGGUGGAAGCAGAGGUCAGUCUCGGCUGGGAUGAUUCAGUAAGCAGUGGAAUGACACUUGACACGGUGAGAGACUCAUUGAUCAGGCAAGAAGACACCAUUAUUUUCAGUCUUAUAGAGAGAGCCAAGUUUCCCUUGAAUUCUCCUACCUAUAAUCAAUCUUGGGUUCCUGGGUUUUCUGGUUCGUUGGUUGAGUUCAUCGUUAAACAAACGGAGAAUCUCCAAGCUAAGGUUGGGAGAUAUGAGAACCCUGAAGAACAUCCUUUCUUUCCAGAUGAUCUACCAGAUACGGUAGUUCCACAUUUUGAGUAUCCUAAGGUUUUGCAUCCUGCAUCUGCUUCCAUCAACAUAAACAAGGACAUAUGGGAUAUGUAUUUCAACCAAUUGCUUCCUUUAUUUGUUGCUGCUGGUGAUGAUGGCAACUAUGCAUCAACAGCUGCAAGUGAUCUCCAGUGUCUGCAGGCCCUAUCUAAAAGGAUACAUUAUGGAAAAUUUGUAGCUGAGGUCAAAUUCAGGGAUGCUCCUCAAGACUAUGAGCCUGCAAUUCGCACUAAGGACAAAGAAGGUCUGAUGAAGUUGCUGACUUUUGAGAAAGUGGAAGAGAUGGUGAAGAAGAGGGUUGAGAAGAAGGCAAUGGUGUUCGGGCAAGAAGUGACCCUUGGAAACACUGACACCAAUGUGAAAUGCAAGGUGGAUCCAUCUGUGGUUUCUCGCCUCUAUGGAGAUUGGAUGAUACCUCUCACAAAGGAUGUUGAAGUUGAGUACCUCCUACGCCGGCUUGAUUGAAACACCUGCAAUUCUGCCAUUUAAAUAAGAACCAUUAUUUCUUUGUCAUCUGUUGGUAACUUCAAGUAAUUGGUCAAGAACUCAAGAUCAUUCUUUCAAAUUGGUCUAAUGGACAAGGAGUUACCAAAAUUAGGGAAAUAGAGGAAAAACGUCCAAAUCCUCAUUAAUUCACCUUCCUUGUUAUACCAUCUGUGAUUUUAUUUUUUUGCUACAUUAUGAAUUCUGAACAUUUGUCUCCCCACAAUUAAUCAGUAGUUCUUCU